CGUGAAGAAUGCAUCAAAUCUUUGAUGGAAAGUGAGGACAAUGAAGAAUACUCCAAUUCCCAACCCUCUACUGAGAUGUAUGACGCAAUUUGUGCACCCAGAGGCCUGCAAGUGGGGAACGACCAGCAAGGAGAAGGUACGGCUGGCCCAAGGAAUGGUACGACACCCUUUGGGGGUUUCCAAACCCUCUUCAAUUUGCAAGAGGGGAAAUCCCAUCAGGCACAAAGAAACAAUUCGCAUAGGAUGCGGUGCUGGUUUUAGAGGUGAUAGGCCAGUUGCUGCACUACAGUUGCUUCAAAGAGUGCCGAAUUUAGACUAUCUUGUGCUUGAGUGUUUGGCCGAACGGACCUUGGCUCUUCGCUAUGAUAUAAUGAUGUCUGGUGGACAUGGCUACGAUUCACGGAUCUCAGAAUGGAUGUCAGUGUUGCUUCCAUCAGCAGUUGAAAGGGGAGUUUGCAUAAUUACAAAUAUGGGUGCAAUGGAUGCAAUUGGAGCUCAAGAAGAAGUCUUGAGAGUAGCAAAAAGGCUUUCUCUUUCUAUCACUGUUGCAGUUGUCUAUGAAACCUUCAUGAUUCGAACAGGAUCAGAUGCUCUUGUUUCAGAUCCUAGAUGUGCACCAGGGGGCGUCAGUACAUAUCUAGGAGCAGCUCCCAUUGUUCAUGCAUUGGAGGAAUCUAAACCACACAUUAUCAUCACUACACGUCUAGCAGAUGCUGCUUUAUUUCUUGGCCCAAUGGUGUAUGAGCUUGGUUGGAACUGGAACGAAUUCGAUAAACUUGCUCAAGGAACUUUGGCUGGUCACUUGCUUGAGUGCGGUUGUCAACUAACAGGUGGCUACUACAUGCAUCCUGCGGAUCCACAUCGGAACUUUUCUUUUCAGCAACUUCUCGAUGUGUCACUGCCAUUUGCAGACAUCACCUUUGAUGGAAAAGUCUAUUUGGGCAAAGCAGAGAACAGUGGAGGGGAGAUCAGUUUCAGAACUUGUGCUCAACAGCUCCUUUAUGAAGUUGGAGAUCCUAGUGAAUAUAUUACUCCAGAUGUUGUUGUAAAUUUUCAAAAUGUGUUCUUUUCACCUUUGUCUAAAGAUUUAGUUCUUGCCGAGGGAGCAGAAGCAAAUAUUUUAGAACGUCCUGAGAGAUUACUCCAAUUGGUGCCACAGGAAUGUGGCUGGAAAGGUUGGGGAGAAAUAUCGUAUGGAGGAUUGGGUUGUGUGAAGCGUGCAACAGCAGCAGAUUAUCUGGUUCGCUCAUGGAUAGAGCAGAUGUAUCAUGGAACUCAAGAUCACAUAGUUUCAUACAUCAUUGGAGUAGAUAGCUUGCAGGCACAUUCUGCUGAUUUACAUCCUUUGUCAACUGGUGAGCCAAUGGACAUAAGGUUACGAAUGGAUGGCCUCUUUAGUUCAAAGGACCAUGCAGUACAUUUCACACAGGAAUGUGAAGCUCUUUAUACAAAUGGACCAGCGGGUGGUGGUGGCAUCAGCACCGGUGUUAAGAAGGAGACGUUUCUUCAAAAAAUAUUGGUACCACGAGAGAACACUUACUGGGAAUUUGACAUAAAAAGCAUAAAUCCAUCGGACAGUCAAUGUGAAAAUAGGCAUGCUAUGAAUUUAAAGGAUGUGGAGAUACCACCACUUAAGCAUAAUAGAGGUCUUGAGCAGACUCAGUCUGUUGAAAAAACAAUAGACUUUUCCAAUCCACCCUGGAGUAUUCCUACGCGGCCAGCUCCAGCCGGCGAAAAAAUCCCACUUUACCAAGUAGCCCAUAGUCGAGCAGGGGAUAAAGGAAAUGACUUGAAUUUCUCCAUCAUACCACAUUUUCUUGCAGAUAUUGAAAGGUUGAAAAAGGUUAUAACAGUGGAAUGGGUUAAGAAUGUGAUAACGAUUCUCAUGACACCAAAUGCCAUCAGAAUGGUACAGCAUUCCGAAGACCUGCAUUUUGAGGACAAUGCACCAUUCAAGAAUAUGGGCAAGGAUCUUCCAGAAUACAAUGAAGCAUUAACGGUAGAGAUCUAUGAGGCUAAAGGUAUCAAAUCUCUAAACAUUGUAGUCAGAAAUGCUUUGGAUGGAGGUGUAAAUUGCUCGCGAAGAAUCGACCGACAUGGGAAAACAACUUCAGAUUUAAUUCUGGCCCAAGAAAUUGUCUUGCCACCUUAAAUAGAUAACAGUGCAUGUUUUCAUUUUCUUACAGGAUUUGGAUCACACAAUGGAAUAUUGUAUAAUGAUUCUAUAAGCGAAGUGAAAUAACACUUCCAUAAUGAGGGAAAGUAUUGGAAAAUGUUAUUUGCAAUUCUAGAUGUAUGUUCUUUAGGGUCAAUCUUUACAAAGUAUUGUAACAAUUCAACAGUUAUUUAAUUAAUUCUCUAUAAAAGAUUGAACCGGCUGCAAGCUUUUUUCGCUGUCUACAA